AUGAACAAAUUACGGCAAAGCUUUAGGAGAAAGAAAGAUGUCUACGUCCCAGAGGCCAGCAGGCCUCAUCAGUGGCAGACUGAUGAAGAAGGCGUUCGUACCGGCAAGUGUAGCUUCCCUGUUAAGUACCUGGGGCACGUCGAAGUGGAUGAGUCCAGAGGGAUGCACAUCUGCGAAGACGCGGUGAAGAGACUGAAAUCUUCUGGGAAGAAAGCCGUUAAAGCGGUCCUAUGGGUUUCGGCAGAUGGACUCAGAGUUGUGGAUGAGAAAACAAAGGAUCUUAUAGUUGAUCAGACAAUAGAGAAGGUUUCUUUCUGCGCACCAGACAGGAACUUUGACCGGGCAUUCUCGUACAUCUGUCGAGACGGCACAACGCGACGCUGGAUAUGCCACUGCUUCAUGGCUGUAAAGGACACGGGGGAAAGGUUGAGUCACGCCGUGGGCUGUGCGUUUGCAGCGUGCCUGGAGCGGAAGCAGAAGCGAGAGAAGGAGUGCGGAGUGACUGCCACCUUCGAUGCCAGCAGAACCACGUUCACCAGGGAGGGGUCAUUCAGGGUCACUACCGCUACCGAACAAGCUGAGAGAGAUGAAAUUAUGAGACAGACGCCGGAUGCUAAAGUUGAAACAGAAGCGAAAACAGUAGCACCAGGUGCUGCACCAAACAAUACUGCCCCUUCUUCUGGCUCACCAACCUCUCCUACUGCUGAAGCUACUGCCUCUCUGGAGAAAGAAAUGAGCAAUCCGCAUGCUAUUCCACGGAGGCACGCCCCUAUAGAACAGCUUGCCAGGCAAGGGUCUUUCCGGGGCUUCCCUGCCCUUAGCCAAAAGAUGUCUCCUUUUAAACGCCAGCUGUCUUUGCGAAUAAAUGAGCUGCCUUCAACGGUGCAAAGGAAGACUGAUUUCCCCAUGAAAAACUCAGUCCCCGAAGUAGAAGGGGAAACGGACAGCAUUAGUGCCCUGUGCUCUCAGAUCACCAGUGCUUUCAGCACACCAUCAGAAGAUCCUUUCUCUUCGGCCCCCAUGACCAAACCAGUGACAGUAGUCGCACCACAGUCUCCUGCCUUCCAAGUUAAUGGCACUGCCGCUGCCUUCUGUGUGCUUGCUGCUAAACCAUCCCAGGCUGCUGUAGUGUCCACAGCUAUGCCCGUUCGUGAAACCAAUCCUUGGGCUCAUGCUCCUGCUGCUAAUACUGGAGCUGCAGCCGUGGUUGCGGGCACAGAAUGGAGCAGCACCUCCUCGGGUGCAGCCUCGCCAAGUCUCUUCCAAGGAAAUCACAGACGUACUCCCUCGGAGGCAGACCGCUGGUUGGAAGAGGUCUCCAAGACUGUCAGAGCCCAACA